AUGAAUUCUUAAGAAUAAAAUUUGAACAAAUAACAAUAAUAAUAGUUGCAUCAGUAGUAGUAGUAAUAACAGUAACUAUUAACCACUAAGGACAGCUCUUAAAAUAGGAAUAUAGAGAAUUUUUUAAAUAAAUCUAAUAAAUAUUCAAGGGAGAGUCUGUAAUUUUUAUAAGAAAAGAAUACUCUAUUAUUAUAAUAGUAGCUACUUCCAUAAGCUCCCCGAUUUAAGCAAUAACCUUAAAAAGAAGAUGUCCCAAACGAAGUUAAUAAAAUUUAUGAAAUAAGAACAUAGUUCAAUAAGUUUGAAUAGGAAAAUAGAGGAAAUAAUGCAAUUCAAGGAUUUAUGAUUUAAAAUAACCCUUUUGCAAAUACCACAUCAGGAUUAAGUAGAGAAGAUGUUUUAGUUGAUGCAAAUAAUGUUGCAAAUGAAGAUUUAGAUGAAGUUUAAGAAAGCGAGUAAUUCACAGUUUCUUCUAAAAUGAGAACUCUUUAGAAUACUUCUAAGUAAACAUUUUCAAUUAGUAAGGUAGAGUUAAAAAACUUAGUAGUUCCUCCGUUACCUGAGAAUUUAAUAAACAUUUCCAGUAAUCAAGACUUGCAUUAAGGAGACAGAUAAUCAGUUAACACGUAUGUACUUUCUCCAAAUAUAAGUGCCAGGACUUUAAUGCCAAAUUCAAACAAUCAUCAUUUUAUGAGCUAACAGUAACUGAAAAAUGCAUAGCCUUAAAAUUAAUUACAUUAAAAAUUAGAUAAUUAAGCUGUUAAGCAAGACAUUAGAAAUUAAAUAGGUUAAUUCUAGCCCCAUUAAAUGCCACUGCAAAUUCAAUCUUAAAACACAAAUCAUUAAUCUCAAAAGAUAUCACAAUAAAAUUAAUAGCAUUAACCUUUAUUUUUUAACCCCCCUUCAACUCCUGAGCCUGGAGUAAGUAUUAAUGGUAUAAAUGUUACUACAAGAGGUAGACUAAAUGGGAAUUUAGGAAAUAAUAUUAAUAAUAAUCAUAAAAGCUCAUCAAACUCUUUGAAUAACACAUAAAGAACUAUUUUUGGAAAUACUUCUAGUAUUAAUUUGAAUGCUCCAUUAAGCGCAAAUAGUCAAUAUUCUGUAAAUAAAUCCCUUUAAAGCCUAGGUUAUGCCGUAAAUUUGGUAAACAAAAAUAUAGAAGAUUUGUCCAAGCAUGUUUCAACCAUGAAUCCAAACACUCUACAAAUAUUAGAUUUGAGUUCAAAUAAAAUCUCUAAUUUUCCAGUUGAGCUGUACUAGAUGAAAAAUUUGAAAAGAUUGAAAUUAGAAAGUAAUCUUAUAAAAAUACUACCUAAAGAAAUAUUCUUAGAACUCAAAUUAGAAUCAUUUUCAGUAUAAAAUAAUCUUAUUUAAGAUAUACCUCAUGAAAUUACUGAAUGGAAAAACAACUUACAAUGUUUAAACAUUUCUAGAAAUCAUAUUCACACAUUUUAGAAAUAUAUUUGCUAUUUAGAUGGAAUUAAUUCUCUUAAUGUUAGUUCGAAUGAUUUCAUGGAAAUUCCUAUUGAAUUUAUUUUUCUUGUUAAUCUAAAAGAGUUUUCAAUCGACUGGUUUAAAUAUUGCUUGCCUCCAAAAAAACCCACUGUUUAAGGUAAUGAAGGCUUGUAGGUUCUUAAAGAAAUAUUCUUGUUGUUGUGUAAUCACCGCAGCGCUGGUUUCGUUACUUUUCUGUAAUUCACCACACAUUUUUCUGAUAAAAAUCUAAUAAAAAUAUCUAGUUAAAUCAAAAAGAAUAAGCCAAAAACACCAAUUUAAAAAAAGGUUUCUUCACCAAAUUCUAAAAACUAGAACGUUAAAUCAAAAUAAAAUAUAGAAAAUGAGGAAUAAAGAAAACACAGGCUUUAAUAAUUGGAAAUACUAGCAAAUUAAUAAAACUAAGAAAAUAGAUUUGUUUUAAAUGUUAGCAAUACUAAUUUAUUAAAUACAACAAUUACAAGUCUAAAUGAAUCACAACUGCCAAAAGAGAACGAUGGUAUUUAGUAUUUACCAGAAGAAUUAAAAAAGAAGAAGAAUAGACUUUUGUGCAUAAACAAAAAGGCUCGUGAAGAAGACUCUAUCCUAGAUAAUAGCAGAAGUCUGGUUGAAUUAAUUAAUUUGAAAUAGAUUUAAUCAAGUAACAACUAGCCUUUAAGUUCAAAAAGAUAAGUUAAAAGUAAUGCUAAUUUGUAAAUUAGUGGAUAAGUUGCAUCAGGGGUAUGCAAAACUCUGAUUAACUUCUCUAGUGAAAGUGAUUUGAGUUUUGGAUAAAUUGAAGAAGUUCUCCAUACUCAUCAUGAUUUAGGUUCUUGCUAAGAAUAACUUCACACUGGAAGAAAUAGCAACAAUCUAUAGUCUGCCCAUCCACUUAAAAAUAAGAAAACUCCAAAAAACUUAUAAAACCCAGGCUAGAUAAUUAAAACAGAUGAAAAUGUUAAUUUCGAUAAAAUUUUAUAAGAAGUUGAAGAAGAAAAUGAAGAAAAAAAUAAUUAAAUUAUUUUUUAGCAUUUGGAUAUUAAACUUGAAAAUCCUCCAGACCAAUUACUCUCAUAAAGAGAGUAAAAGUUUAUGCAAAAGCCAUUCGAAGUAAAUGAAGAAAAUGAGAUAGAUAAUCUUUGUGAUGAGUAAGAAAUAAUCGACUUAGAUUAAACUGAUUAAGCUGAUGAAAAUAUAAUAUCAGAAUCAAAAGAAGAGCAACCAAAGUCAGCCUAAUUCAUUGAUAUUACAACUCCAAAAGUGUAUACUCAGUAUAACUAAAUCGAUCCAAAGAAUGGUAGAAAUCUAAUGCACUUGGCUGUGAUAGAUGAAGAUAUAUCAUCAUUAAGAUGCUUAGUAAAUUUAAACUUUGAUUUGGUAAAUGAAGUAGAUUUCGAUGGACAAACUCCUCUUUCUUUGAGUAUUUUAGAAGAAAAGUAUUACUCGGCUAAAAUUCUCAUUUUUAAUAAAGCAAAUGUUAAUGUAGGAGGAGGAGUUUUUGGGAGUAAUGUUACUAUUGGUGUGGUUAAGAUGUAAUACUAUCUUAUCAGAGAUUUGAUACGCUUUGGGGCAGAUGUUAAUAAGUAAGACCAUGAUGGAAAUGGGCCUCUGCACUAUUUAUUUUAACAAUACUAUAGGAAUCCAGAAGAAUCGUCUAAGAUUGCUUAAAUGCUUCUUGAUAAUGGAGCAAAUCCUAAUUUAGAAAACAAUGAAAAGUGGUCUCCUUUGCAUUUUGCUGUCAGAAGAGGAUGCUUAGAAGCAGUAGAAUUUGCAUUUGAAUACAACAGAAUGUGUUUAGCAAAAAAAAAUAAAAGAGGAUUUAUGAUCAAUAAGGCAGGAGGAAAUGAAAGAAUUACAAUUCUUCAUAUAGCUAGUGAGAUGAAUUUUUAAAAAAUAGUAUAGCUACUUCUCAAAAAUAACGCCGAUAUCUUUGCCAGAAGAUCUGAUAACAAGCUCUCAUAUCAGCUUUGUCAAAAGCAUACUCUUGUAAAAAAGCUUUUAUUGCUGUCUUAAACAAACUAGAUAAAUAGCCAUUUAAACUUCAAUAAAUUUGUUUAAAUAGAAAGCUAUUAAGAUAGUUAAGAAGCUUAUGAAAAUAAAUUUAUAGAAAAGUAAGAUGAUUCUUUUGAAAGAUAUAAAAAGAAGAACAAUAAAAGGAACAAAAAAGGAGCUUCUAAAAAAUCAAAUAAGAAUAAAAAUCAUAAAAAGUAAGAAAACUAAGAAUAUGAAAUAGACUUAGUCAAAAUAAAGGAAGAAGAUGAUGACGAUGAUGAAGUAUAUGGAGAUGAAGAAGAAGUAAACUUUGAUUCUGAAAACGACAAUGAUGGAGUAAAUGAAGAUGAUGACGAAUAGGAAGAUGAAUUUGAUUAAUCAGGAAAUUACUCUUCUAAUGAUGAAGACGGGUAAGUAAGUAGCAAAGGGGAUGAAAAUUUAGUAGAUUCUGCUGACAGUUUUCCUGUUGAUAUGGAAGAUGAAGAUAAGAAUAUUAUAAAACAAAGAGUAUAGAAUGGAUUAAAAAAUUUAGAUGGCAGCAUAGGCAGCAGUAAAAACCUAUUAAAAAAUAAAUUAAAUAUGAUUAAUGUCUCUUCCUAGCCUCGUAUGAUUAAAACUGGUGAUAUUUAUGCCUAAUAACUAUCAAAAUACUAAUUGUAAGAAAUAAAUAAUUAAUUUGUUAACUAUAAAGAUAAAAAUGGAUGGUAAGGACCUUUAUAAGAAAUGAUAGAAAACUAGUUGAAUGAUAGAGAACAUUCACUUGAUGAAAUAGAAGACGAAGACCUCAAAGGUGAUGUGCCAAAAUGGUUUUACAAAGAUCAUAGCUAAAUUCCUUAUUCUCCCAAUAAUUUAUAGAAAAUUUAAGGAAUGAAUGAGAUUAUAAGCUAGAUAAUAUAGCAAAAUUCUUCAAACGUCUCAAUAAAUAACAAAUAUGUUAAAUCUUAAUUCUAGCAAAGCCCUCCUUUGAUCUUUCAUCAUGGUAUUAAAACUCCUGAGCUAGUAGAUAAUAGAAUUUCUCUAUUCAACAAUAAUAACAAUAAUAUUAAUGCCAAUUAAAAUAAGACAUAAGUUAAUUCUAUCAAUUAAUUAAACUAUAAUCCUAACAUCUAGCAGCAUAUGAUAUAAUAGCAGCUUUAAUACUAAUCAUCAAAAACUCAAACUAUUUAAGCUUGUAAUUUUUUUAGUAAUCUGAAAAAUUACAAACAAGUUAUUAAGAGUGCUAGCAAUAUUAAUGAAUAUUAACUUAAAAUUUUAGAUGAUGGCCUAGCCUUAACAAACAGGCUUUAUUUCCUUAAUUAAUUAAAAUUUAUCUAAUUUAAAUUGGUGCAAAUUUUAAAGCUUAUUACCAGAUAAAAUAUUUAUUAGCUGUUUUGCAGAUCAGGAAUAAUUGAAGAUUUUCUCAAACUUGGUGAUGACAACUUAAAUACUUUAAUAAAUACAAGCUAAGAGUUUAACAGAAGUAUUGUUUUUAUAUAUCGCAAGUUAGCCGAAUAGCCUAGCUUCGAUAACAAUAACUUGAUGAUACAAAUAGUUAACUUGUUUGGGGAUACUUGUUAUCAUCUUUAUAUUCUUUUUUAUGAUAAAUAAACUAACUCUAAUACAUCCUAAAAGUAAUAGUCUUAAUUAUCUUCAUAAACUACUUUAGCUUUACCAAUAAAUGAUUAAAAUAUAAAAUCUAAUGAGAUUACUUCAGCCAAUUCAUUAAAAGAAAAUACAGAUGCGAAGAAUAUAAUUGCUGAGUUAAAAAAGUAGACUGAUGAGCUUUUCCCAACAUUUGCUAAGAGAAUGAAGAUAGAUUACAGCAAAAAUAUUUUGAAAGAUUAUUUGGAAUUGCAAUAAGCAACAAAGAUCAAAAAAGAUAAUUUCACUCAAAAAACUCUAAUCACUGACUAGGACUUUGAUAGAAUGAUGCCAACUGAAGAAGAAUAUGAAACUGAAAAUGAAGAACUUACAAAAGUAUUAUAAAAUUAUGCACAAAUAAAGCUACGCAGCAAUCCUCUUUAAGAAAUACCUAAAUAAAAUAAAAUAUUCAAAUGA